UUGGGCCAGUGUGUCAGGAUUUUGUUCUACCUUUUUUAUGAAAAUGAUCUUUGCCGAGUAUCUGGUUUUAUCUUCCUUAGUGCUAGGAGUGCAGUUAUUUCUGUACCAGACUCAGCGGAUCCAGUUUGUUGAAGUUAGUGACACCGCGAAGAUCCACUGUUCUUCCAAAGAGAAAUUGGAAGGAGGAAGUAAAAUGUUUUGGUAUUUGAGAAGAGAAGGUGAGACACCCACAUGCAUUAAGAGCUGUUUGGAUGAUCAAAAUCAAAAUGUAAGUAAAUUUGCUUGCAAACACGAGACACACAGCUCGACCCUGGAAAUCAGCAACGUCCAAAAGACUGAGUCUGGCAUUUACUAUUGUGCAUAUAUAGACAGCAGCUACCUGCUUUUCGGGAAUGGAUCCGCGCUGAUUGUUGGAGACAGUUAUACCAACAGCAGCUGGGUGAUGCUUCUGGUCCCAUUUCCACGUGGCAGUCAAGUCACUGGGACAGUGAAUCUGGCUUGUGUGAUCCAUGGAGUGUCCAGCCCAGUCCAUGUUUCCUGGAGUGUUUCUGGGGAGCUGCAGGAACAGGGGCUGACGCGCUCACUGAAUGCAAAGAAUGGAUCUUUAAUGCUCAUAAAUCACAUCAGCGUCCCCAUGGACACCUGGACCAGUGGGAAGAUUUUCACGUGUGAAGUGAAAUUCAACUCUUCUGGCAAGAGUGUGAAGAAAAGUACCAGGUAUCCUGCAGCCCUUCCCAGGGAGUGCUCAUAUUACAUUGUGCCCAUUGCGGCUGGUGCUGGUCUGCUGCUGCUGGUGGUGUCUCUGAGCCUCGUCUGGACCCUCUGCCCUUCCACGCUAGGAUUCCAGCCCAGGGUCUCAGCACCCCCAGCUUCAGAGGAGCAUCAGGGUGGAAUCUUAUACGCUCAUCUGGAUUUCGAUUCGCGGAAUCGCAACGGGCGCACGAUGCAGCGACCGGCCAGAGGGAAACUUGUAAAGCCCUGA